CCUGACCGCAUUGGCCACGCAGGCGGGGCUAGCGCACCGCCGACUCCCGGGAGCCAGAGGAAAAGGGAAAAGAAUUAAGUGAAUGUAGUGAUUGUCUACGGGACAGCAUUGCAACCUACAGAUCCUUUAUCAACCUCAUUUCCAUGCCAAUGUAUCUCAGCCCUGACCCACAGGGCAACAGGUCCAGAAGAUGGCAUAGUAAUAAAUUAACCUUCCAGCGAGCUGGGGUCCUUUUUCGCCUCUGCAUGCAAUGUUUGGACUGAUCUGAAGCUUUCGUUUUGGACUGAAGGGACUUGUCCACUGCUUGCCCUGGAAACCUUUCUCUCCUAAUUCAUGAGCCAGCAGGAUGCGGUCGCUGUGCUUUCAGAACGCCUUCUCAUAGCUGCGUACAAAGGCCAAGUGGAUAAUGUGGUGCAGCUUAUCAACAAGGGUGCCAAGGUAGCAGUUACCAAGCAUGGCCGUACCCCUCUACAUCUUGCUGCCUACAGGGGGCAUCUUCGUGUUGUGCAGAUUUUGCUGAAGGCAGGCUGUGACCUGGACAUUCAGGAUGAUGGUGAUCAGACAGCCUUGCACCGGGCUACUGUUGUAGGAAAUACAGAUGUAAUAGCAACUCUCAUUCAAGAGGGGUGCGCUUUGGAUAGACAAGACAAGGAUGGGAAUACAGCGCUUCAUGAAGCAUGUUGGCAUGGAUUCAGUCAGUCUGCCAAACUGCUCGUUAAAGCAGGAGCUAAUGUUCUUGCCAGAAACAAGGCAGGUAACACACCGCUGCACUUGGCCUGCCAAAAUAGCCAUUCACAAAGUACUCGUGUUUUGUUACUUGGAGGGUCUCGGGCAGAUCUCAAAAAUAAUGCAGGAGAUACCUGUUUGCACGUUGCUGCUCGUUAUAAUCACUUGCCCAUCAUUAGGGUACUCCUCAGUGCUUUCUGUUCUGUCCAUGAAAAGAACCAGGCUGGCGAUACUGCACUUCAUGUAGCUGCUGCAUUAAAUCAUAAAAAGGUGGUCAAACUCUUACUGGAAGCAGGGGCUGAUGGGUCAAUUGUCAACAAUGCAGGUCAGACUCCUCUAGAGGUUGCUAGACAGCAUAAUAAUCCUGACGUUGCGCUUCUCCUUGCUAAGGCACCACAGGUCUUGCGCUUUAACCGUGGAAGAAGCCUUAGAAAGAAGAGAGAAAAGCUCAAGGAGGAAAGACGAGCUCAGUCUGUGCCAAGAGAUGAGGUGGUGCAGAGCAAGGGCAGUGUCUCAGCUGCUGAGGAUACUCACAGCAGUGAUCAGGUGCCUCAGAGGAAAGGAGAUCUGAAAGAUGAACCACGGUCAACUUCACCAGAGCCCAAAGGAAAGAACAACAAAAAGAAAAAGCCAAGAGAAAAGAUUUCAGCACUCUCAGACCCUGCUUCACCAACUGAUCAGCAGACACUCCCUGGUCCCCAGCAGAGCUUACCUAAGCAUCGUAGAAGUAAACAUCGUUGCUCAUCUCCACCACCCCCACAUGAGUUCAGAGCCUACCAGCUUUACACGCUGUAUCGUGGAAAGGACGGUAAAGUAAUGCAGGCCCCAAUAAAUGGAUGUCGUUGUGAGCCACUGAUUAAUAAACUGGAGAAUCAGCUGGAGGCAACUGUGGAGGAGAUAAAAGCUGAGUUUGGGACAGUGCAGGAUAAGAUGAAUAUCAAGCUGGGCCAGAUGGAAAACAAAACUCAACAUCAACUCCGUGUUUUAGAUAAGUUAAUGGCUGAGAGGCUGUCUGCAGAGAGAACAGAGUGCCUUCAUCGCCUUCAACAGCAUGCUGAGCUCGAAAAAAAUGAGGGAGAGAAACGGCAGAUUUCCUUGGUGGAUGAAUUGAAAACCUGGUGCAUGUUAAAGAUUCAGAAUCUGGAGAUGAAGCUUUCUGGAGAUUCUAGAUCUUCAAGACCAAAAUCAACUCUGUCCACUUGUGAGUCCCUCACAGAGACCCUGGAUACAGAGAACCUCCAUAGUGCGAAGGACUGUAAAACUAACCAGAGCCCACCACAGUCAGAGGACUCACAGCAGCAUUCCUAUAUCACACUUCAGAAUAGUCUCUCAGAAGACAUGGGAAGGAGUAGAGGCCAGACAUCAGAACAAAGCUUUGGAAAGCAUUAUUUUGCUGUUGAACAAGACACUGCAUCAGGUGCAGAGCAACAAAUGACAGCUGCUGGUCCAGCUCCUUCUGCAGUCCCUCAAGUUGUUAGGCGUAAAGACAAAGCUUUUAGCUCCACUGCUUUCGACAGGUUCCAGCAGGAAGAACCAUUGUCAGAGCAUUCAGGUUCCAAAUUAAGACAUGUUAAGGUACAAACUGCUUUGCACCCCUUGACUGAAUUUGCAAAGACUGAGCAACAGAGUGGCUACUUCAUAGACAAAGGAACUCAAACAAAGAAGUCUGGCAAAAGUGGGCAGUCAAGACAAAGGCCCCAGCAACACACAGUAACACAUCAUACCCAGCCACAGCAACCAUCCGCUCUGCCUGGAGAUCAACCAGCAGCCCCUCAGAUCAAAGACACUUCACAAGCUUUGGAGAUUACUCAGUACUUUUUUGAGGCUGUUUCCACUCAAAUGGAAAAGUGGUAUGAGCGGAAGAUUGAAGAAGCCCAGUGCCAAGCUAAUCAAAAAGCACAGCAAGACAAAGCUGCACUCAAGGAGCAUAUUAAAAGUUUAGAAGAGGAGCUCAAUAAAUUAAGGACUAAGGUGCAAAAAGAAAGCUAGCGUCAAGGAAACAGGUGCAGGCAUGGAAAUUGAGGAAUUAGUUUUUAUGUGAACAGCAGUGUUGCUGAUUUGGGGAUCUAUUAGUAUGUAGAAUAUUGCACCCAAUACUUACAAAUAUAAAAACUGCCUCUUUUUAAUGAGAUGUAAUUUUAGAAUUUAGAAGUUCCAGAAAUACCAGGAUCAAAUAUCCAAAAAGACACUGUCCGUGUAGUCAUAACAGUAAGUCUCUGCAGAUGGGACAUUCUCAUGAGAUACAUUUUACCAUGAUCCCAUACAAUUUUACAGUCAGAGAUAAGAAUUGCCAGGUACUUCAUCAUCAGGUACCAAUAACCCAAAUCACAUUCUGAAGGGAGAGUUUCCCAUUUCCUUGUAGGUCACAAAAAUCACCCAAUGGAAAUGGUUUUGUUAGAAAUAAGUUACUUGUUUACAGAAGCUUCCCACUGAUACUUUCCUUUGCCUUGGGUUUGCAUUUUUCAAGCAUAUUAUAACUUUGACUUCUCUUUAAUUAUUGUUUGAAUAGUUAUUGCAGGUUACAUGAUUAGUGAAGGUAUCUAUUCAAGUAACCUUAUUGAAAAGUUGUAAUUUCUUAUAUCAGAUGAGUGGCAAAUAUUUUACUAAGUCCCCACUAUGUUUUAUGAGCAGCAGUACAUUCAUAGGCAAGACUCUUCCUCUGAGAUGCCUAAAUUCCAAUUUUCUAUAGGAGCAUGAAACACAUAGACCCAGCGUGAAUUCCUGGCUCCACUGAAGUAAAUGGCAAAACUCCCAUUAUCUUCAGUAAGGCCAGGAUUUCACUCCAAAUGACUUGCCUAGAAUGUUGUCUCUAGCACCUCUUAAGUGACCCCCUCUUUCUUUUGCUUUCCCAUGUCCAUUUCUCUUUAAGUGGGGGGGGGAGAGAAUUAGAGACCUUGUAUGUCCAUUGUUUUCUAAAGGGAAAUCCAUUCCAGACCACCACAUCUUUUGUCAUAAAAUGAAAACUUUGAUGGAUAGAAAAUUCCCCACUGUGAACUGCUAUUGAGAAUCUUUCACCUUAUUAUUUAGUAUUUAUAUUGCAGUAGUAUCGGAAGGCCUCAACCGUGUUGGGCCCCAAUUCUACUCAGUAAUGUACAAGACAGUUGCAGCUCUAUGCCUCUAGGGCUUCGUGCUUUAAUCUAGUAGGAGACUCCAGAAGAUACUGAUAAUAGGGACAAGGUUAUUUAACAGAGAUCAUGAUAGCCCAGGAACAGCUAUCCUAAAUCAUUCCACUGAAAAAACUGUUGUUUUCCUUGGCAUAAUAUUGCAAACAAGCAAUCUCUUGACACUGGAAAUCAAGAUGAACAAAACAUACUUUACAGUAUUGUAAACAUAAUGUUAACUCUUUAGAAAUCGAGCUUGUAUCUUUUUAGUAAAUGUAUAAAGCAAAGAAAAUUGUAUUAUAUUACAGUAUUUUUAAUUCCUAUUAAUGCACUAUUAAGACAAGUACAGUAUAGCUGUAGUAAUGGGGAUAUUUGUUAGUGCUAAUACUUUGACUUCAGUAGUCAAAAAUAAAGAAUUAGACAUUUUCGUAUGUUUACAACUUUUUUAAGUCAAUUGUUUAAGCUACUGUAGGAAUGCAGAGGCAUGUUGUCUAUUUAAUUUUUGUAUCAUCUUGAUAAAAAGUGAAUGUUUUUGCAUAGUAAUAAAACAUAAAUGUUGCUCAGAAAGCUAUUUUUCCUGUGUUUUCUAGCUUUACAGAGUUGAUCACAUUGAAAACUGUAGCUAGAGAGUAGGAAAUGAGAGGCAGUUUAAAAUAAUAAAUACAGAGGAACCAGGGCUGUCAAGCAAUUAAAAAAAUUAAUCGCAUCAUUAAUAAUAGAAUACCAUUUAUUUAAAUAUUUUUGGAUGUUUACUACAUUUUCAAAUAACACAGAACGCAAAGUGUACAGCGAUCACUUCAUAUUUAUUUUUGAUUACAAGUAUGUGCACUGUAAAAAAAAAAAAAAAAAAACAAGAAAUUCACCUAAUACAAGUACUUUAGUGCAAUCUCUUUAUCAUGAAAGUCUACUCAGUCCUACUUCUUGUGCAGCCAAUCGCUCAGACAAACAAGUUUGUUUACAUUCGCAGGAGAUAAUGCUGCUCACCUCUUAUUUACAAUGUCACCAGAAAGUGAGAACAGGCAUUUGCAUGGCACUUUUGUAGCCAGCAUUGUAAGGUAUUUACAUGCCAAAUAUGCUAAAUAUUCAUACGCCCCUUCAUGCUUCAACCACCAUUCCAGGCAUCCAUGCUGAUGACAGGUUCGGCUCAAUAACAAUCCAAAGCAGUGUAGACCGACGCAUGUUCAUUUUCAUUAUCUGAGUCAGAAGCCACCACCAGAAGAUUGAUUUUCUUUUUUGGUGGUUCGGGUUCUGUAGCAAUUGGCUGACCAAGAAGUAGGACUGAGUGGACUUGUAGGCUCUGCAGUUUUACAUUGUUUUGUUUUUGAGUACAGUUGUGUAACAAAAAAACCCCUACAUUUGCAAGUUGCACUUUCAUGUCAAAGAGAUUGUACUACAGUACUGUAUGACGUGAAUUGAAAAAUACUAUUUCUUUAUAAUUUUUAGAGUGCAAAUAUUUGUAAUAAAAAUAUACACUUUGAUUUCAAUUACAACACAGAAUACAAUAUAUAUGAAAAUGUAGAAAAACAUCCAAAAUAUUUUAUUAAAUUUCAAUUGGUAUUCCAUUGUUGGACAGUGCGAUUAAUCACAGUUAAAAAAAAUUAAUUGCAGUUUUAAUCGACAGCCCUAGUGGGAGGUUGAAGUGUUCUCCUAGAGGUUUUUGUAUAUUGCCAUUCCUAAUAUCUGAUUUGUGUCCAUUUAACCUUUUACAUAGGGUACUAUUUUUCUGGGGGCAGCUGGCAGCUUGUUGCCGGGAGGGAGGAGGAGAAAGGCUUUACUGUGAGUCAGAGAGCUUCACUAAUCAUGGUUGUCACUACUCUCAUCACCUGUUGGGACUGCCACAUCAUUUUCCUGAAUCUGAAUGAUGUCCUGAUCUGAUCAGACAAGUAGAGGGAGCCAGAUGACAUCACCUUCAGAGGGUCAGGUAAAUCCUGAGCAACAGCUAGGAUAUGAACCUGAUGUUCCUAAUAUUACUCCCUUCCUAUGUGUCAGUGCCUCCUUAUUUCUUCUACCUCUUUUUGCCUUCUGUCUCCUAAGAGACCAGCUUAGCCAGCAAAAACAAAUCUACCCUUGCAAUAUUGCUGUAAACCUGUGACCAAAGAGGCAAGCUAAAAACAAGAUUGAUUGAGAUUACCAGAAUGGCUAAUAAAUUUCUGGUCUAUGCCAGUGGUUUUCUAGCAGCUAAAGUGCAAGCAAGGAACAAACUGAAGCUGCAAUUGAUAAUCUUCAUGGAUCUUUUCUACCUCCCACUGGCUGUGUUUAUUUUAAGUGUGUUGGUUGGACUUCACCAUCAAUGCCUCAGAAGUUGCCAGCUAAAUCUGACUUUUCAAGCAAAGACUAUCAAGCAAAGUUUUUCUCUAGACAGAAAAAAGGAAGUUUUCAAAACAAAGUGUAAAAUGUUUUAACUGAUUUUCCUUUUUUUGUGAAUGUAAUAAAUGGUUAAAAGGUU